AUGGAGGAAUACUUAACUUUGAUUUUAAAUAAAAAUCGUAUAAACGUGAAUAGAGAAAAACUUGCGAGUAAAAGUUGUUAUUUUGCAUCCCUAUUUUCUCACAAUUUUAGCGAUUCUCACAAUAAGGAACACACCAUUAAUUAUGACAUUGCUUUACAUACUUUACAGAAUUUUGUUCAAUGGGUUCAUCAUGAAGAUUGUGUGUACAUCGAUUGUCAUUCCAUAAAGGUUUCUAUGACAAAGUUUAUGCAAGAUAAUUUUAUAGAAUUAUUAAAUUUGUUACAAUUGAGUAUAUUGUUUGUGGUUGAUGAACUGACAAAUGAUAUUAUAGAUAUUAUAGUUUUAUGUUGGUUAUUGCCAGAGAAAGUAAUUGACAUAUGGUUAUUAGCACAGGAACUGAGCAUAAAGAUAUUACAAGAUAUUUGUCUAUCUGUUUGCUUAGACCAAUUCGAUAAUCUUCCUCAAUCUUUGCUUUUUGAAUUACCCGCAGAAAAUAUUAUUCAGUUAAUAGGAAACGAUAAUGUAAGAUCUAAUACAGAUUAUUUAAAUUACAUAAGAAGUGGAUGGAUAGAGCAUCACGUGCUGUCAGAUAUCGUGGAUAUCAAAGAAAGGAGGCAACCCAAAUUUAUCCAAGGUACAGUCAUAUAUGAAACAGAUGAAAAAGGCAUCAUGGCUGCAUAUUUGUAUACUUGGGAUGGUAAUGCUCUAUGCAAAUGUGUACAAUUACAUAGUAUUCAGUAUCCAGGAGAAUGGUUAACUGGAAUGCAAGUUGUUGCUAGAGGUUUUAGUGUAUAUACAGUUGGAGGAGAACUAAGAUUAGAGAAUGGACAUUUUAAUGAAAUUAUUUCACGUUAUUGCCUUCUUUCUAAAAAAUGGUACUAUCAGGCAAGGUUAAAAGUUCCACGGAGGCAUAUGAUUACUGUAUUUAUAGGAAAUAAAUUACUCGUAGUAGGUGGUGUGGGAAUAUAUAGAUUAAAGUUUGGUACAGUCUAUAUUCUUGAUAUUCACACAGGUAUGUGGACAAGAGGUGCGGGUGCACCUGAGAAUUUUAGCGAAGUUCCUCCUCAUGUUGUUGUGAAUGAAUGUUUAAUUUUUCUGAAAUCGUCCAUUCAUAUUUAUUGGCUUAAAUACGAUUGUUGGAUAACCCAACGUUUACACUGUAGACUUUCUAAGCAAAUAAUUGCGACUCUUACGAGUGAUACAACGUUUCUUAUAACCGGCAAUGAUGUAGAUGAAAUGAUUCUCACAAGAAUUGAUAUCGCAAAAGAAGACUUUGAUUGCGAGGAAGGAGAAUGUUUGAAAGAAGAUGUAGAUCGUAUUGUAAUGGCGCGUAUUAAGCCUAUCAGAAUAGGCCAUAGCGUCUGGUACACGAUAAGAUUCCUGCUCGUUUCUGGUAUUGGUGUAAUGAUGCUAACCCCUGUGUAUGAUGAAUAUAAAUACGUGCAUGCACACACUAUAAUAAGAAAAGAUUAUACACGUACCGUUAUCCCCAAAUCGUAUUGUUUUAAAAUUAUGGAUCCCUGUUCUUUGUACUCCACUGUGUAAUUAAAAUAUCUUAUAUACUCGAAUGUGACGUAAAAUGGCUCAUAUA